UGAGCGAUGACAUAAUUUUAAUGAUUUCUUAAACAAAUACAAAAAUAAUUCAACUCCGCUCUAUGUUUGCUUCUUAUCUCUCUAGUUAGACUUUGCGGCUCUGCAGUGCAGUUUCAUAAAAUUGUACAGAAGGCAACAAGAUGAAGCUACCAAGCUUCCUAGACUCCAUGGCUGGCAUCACAUACAAGGCCAAUAAGCCAACGUCUCUGGUUUCUCAUCACGAAGACUACACGGUCGGGGAGACGACUGGAGGCCUCAGUGUCCUGUUCACUAUUCUGUGUAUAGUGGACCUUUUUGGAGUGUUCCCUGUUAUAACGUUGCCGAAGAGUGUUAUUUCUUGUGGUAUAUACGGUCUCCCUCUAGUCCUGUCAGUAUUCGGCCUGCAGUUAUACACAGCAGUGUUGUUAGGAAAAAGCUGGUUGUUGGCGCAGAAGAUCACCCCUGACAUCAAGGAGAAGAACCGGUUUCCAUAUGCUGCAAUAGCGGAAUUGGCGUUCGGUCCAUCAGCAAAGACGUUGGUGACCUUCCUCAUUGAUGCAGCGGUAUUCGGCUCUGGAGUACCUAAUUUUAUUAUUGCAUCGCAGACUCUGCAGAUAUUCUGGUGGAAGAUAUCAGGCGGGGAGAUCGGCAUCACAUACUGCGUCUGGAUGGUAAUCCUAGCUCUGUUGCUGUGUCCGGUCAUGUGGCUCGGAUCGCCUAAGGAUAUGAAGCCAUUAGCAAUAUCAUCAGUGUUAAUCGUGGCGACGGUAGCUGUAACCAUAUGGACCUGCAUUCUAAGGGACUAUACGUCUCCAACACCGGUGGACAACAUGGUGGCUCUUGAGCCACAGCUCGAAGACUUCCUGAUUGCUUAUGGAAUACUGGCUUUUCAGUUCGACAUCCACCCAAUGCUGCUAACUCUUCAAGUGGACAUGAAGGACAGUAAAAAGAUCAACGCGGCAGUACUGGGCGGCUUCGGAGUCACGGGCUGCAUGUUUGCGGUGACGACUAUACUGGCAGCCGUCAGAUAUGGCACUGCUCUUGAUAAUAAUAUAUUGCAGAGUAUACCAUCUUCAAUCCCGCUGUACCUGGUAUCGUUGUUGGUGACGCUGCAGCUGUGUCUGUCGAGCGCUGUCAGCCACUCCGCGCUCUUCCAACACUUCGAGGACAUUCUCAAGAUUCCUAGAGAUUUCUGCUUCCGACGCUGUCUCCUACGAUCAAGUGUAGUCGCCUUAGCAGUAGUUUUAGCAGAAUCAGUCCCCAGAUUCGACUUAGUCAUGGGCCUAGUAGGCUCCACUUUAACAGGACCUCUGAUGUUCAUAUGUCCACCAGUAUUCUUCCUCAAACUAUGCUACAUGAAAUCCAAAACACCUUCAAACUUUUUCAAAUUGUCAGAGAAACGAAACGGAACGCAAAAUGGCGGAUUUAAAAAUGGCGACCUGUCAAAAAGCCCGCUAAUUUUAGACGCUUUGCAGCCUAGAUAUAGAACCUUUACGGAAUACGCGGUAGAGGUAACUGAGGAUGAUGAUUACUCUAUAAGAUGGUAUGAUAUUAUAUUUGCUCUGAUUGUAAUGACUUUAGGUAUAGUUGCUACGAUUGUCGCUACUUACUCGAGUUGGUCUAACUCCAUUGCUUACGCGACGUUUAGUCCGCCUUGUUUGAUGAAUGCGACCGCAGCGGCUAGAAGUUUUCUAGAGAUCCCUAUGGCUAUUUAGAAGAAAGUUUAGUAAUCCAAUUAAUAACUACUUAAGUACGGUAGACUGCACAUCAGUGGUAACUGUCAUGCACCUUAACUCAAUAGUAAUAAGUACGAUUUUCCUAUAAGACUGUUAUCACUGACCUGAAGUUGACUGUACCUACCUACAGACUUGUUAUUGUUAUUUUGAUUUAGGAAUUUUAGUAUAAGACUUUCCGACAUAGAUUUAAGUAGUUUGAGAAUUUCAUGACAUAUUACCUACCUGUUACAAUAAAAUAAAUAACGUUAAUUAUGUAAAGCGACCACUAAGUUAAUAAAGUGUACCAUAGAUCUAUUAAGCAAUAGAUUAGAACAAUAAUAAAACAGUUAAUAUAGAACCAUAAAUAAGUACAAAAACAUGAAAAAUAAAACUCAUAAUGAUUUGAA